AUGUCGACCCUCACACAAAACCUUGUCAAUAUGGACGACUUUAUGAACUUCAACACGGACAGUGAUGCGUCCAUCGUCGACCCGCAGUUGACCAUGCAAUACCCUGGCCACCUGCACGAGAAGGUACCAGAGUCGAUGAACGUCGAUCCUUCAGCCUGGCAAGAUGUCAUGGAUCCCCGGUUCACGAGCCUAGGCGAUUCGCAAGAUUUCCAACUGAGCCUUGGCCCUGGGGAGAGCGGUGAUGUGGCCGAGGCAUCAAUGGGCUCACCACCAGAAGACGGUGCCCUCGCUGGGAAGGAUAUCCAUACCUCCAACGACAGGGCGGGACGCAAGUCAAGCAAUGAAUCAGUUCCGUCUCUCUCGUGGGGAUCCUCGGACUCUCCUCCUGCAACAACAACAACAGGAACAACCCGCCAGACUAGACGAAAGACCACCAAGACCACCAAAGCUCGCGAGUCAGAGUCGCGGAUCACCAAAGGGCCGGCGGCAAAGAGGCAAAAAACAAAGAGACAGCCCGAGGCGGCCGUUUCUGUGGUCAUGUCAGAGGACGACGGCGAUCCCAAGCGGAGCAAGUACCUGGAGCGUAACAGGAUAGCUGCCUCCAAGUGCCGCCAGAAGAAGAAAGCAUGGGUCAGUGACCUGGAGACACAAAAGUCCGAACUCGAAAACACCAAUCGCUCACUUCAGCGCGAAUGCACAGAGCUCGUGGAGCAAGUCACGCAGCUGAAGAACGAGCUCAUGGGCCACGCUGGUUGUGCCGAUAGUAACAUUGACGGGUGGCUCGAGACCGAGGCCAAGCGUUUUGUGCAAAGAACCACCAACGAUGCGGAGCAUCAGCGAGAACGGCGUUUCUCAAGCUGCGGAUCCGGCUCCGGGGCGGAAUUGAGCUUGAAUGAGUCGCUGUUGCAGCACUCACCGGGAAUGUCGGCAAGCUUCGCAGUAUCACCCGUCGUUAAGCACGAGGAAAUCAACUACGACCACAUGCCCGACAACAUGUUCGCUUGA